AUGUAUGAUGUUACUAUUGGCUGCACCAGCUUGCAGACCUAUGCUGAUGCAUGUGCACAAGCAGGAGUCUGUAUUGAGUGGAGAAAUUAUACAAAUGGACAAUGUGAUUUCACAUGCGAGAAACCCAAGGUUUAUAAUGCCUGCGGUCCACAAGUUGAACCAACCUGUAAUGCCUGGUACAAUUUCAAAUUCAUCCAGACUCAAAAUGAGUUCAGUGUCAUGGGAGAUAUACAAUUGGAGGGAUGCUAUUGCCCUCCUGGUACCACUUUGAUGAGUUCCAGCUCAAACUACUGUAUCCCCAGCUGUGAUAUUUGCCCUUUGCCAAAUGGAGAAUGA